CUUUAAUUUUCUCAUCAUUAUUUAUAUAUAUAUAUAUAUAUAACACGUUAUUACACAGUCCUUUGGCUUCCCAAAAUAUCAGAUUGAAACUCUUCCAAUGGCGAACGAAGAGGCGAGGACCGUGGACCCGGAGAAGCAGAGACUUCUCAUCAGUCAACACAAGGAGAAACACUUCACCGCCGGCGAGAUCGUUCGCGAUAUUAUCAUCGGCGUUUCCGACGGGCUCACUGUUCCCUUCGCCUUGGCUGCUGGUCUCUCCGGCGCCAAUGCCAGCUCCUCCAUCGUCCUCACCGCCGGCAUCGCUGAGGUUGCCGCCGGCGCCAUCUCCAUGGGACUCGGCGGAUACCUUGCUGCAAAAAGUGAAGCUGAUCACUAUUUGAGAGAGUUACGAAGAGAACAGGAGGAAAUUAUAGCUGUUCCUGAAACAGAGGCGGCGGAGGUAGCUGAGAUACUCGCAGAAUAUGGGAUCGAGCCACAUGAAUAUAAUCCUGUUGUUAAUGCUCUCAGGAGAAAGCCCCAAGCCUGGCUCGAUUUUAUGAUGAAGUUUGAACUGGGACUUGAGAAGCCAGAUCCAAAGAGAGCAUAUCAGAGCGCAAUCACAAUAGCUGUUGCUUACAUCUUGGGAGGGAUGGUGCCACUCAUUCCUUACAUGUUUUUUGAGAAAGCUACGGAUGCUGUUGUUGCCUCUGUUGUCGUAACCUUGGCGGCAUUGAUGAUCUUCGGCUAUGCCAAGGGUUACUUCACGGGUAGCAGACCCCUCGUAAGCGCUUUACAAACCGCUCUCAUUGGUGCCAUUGCUUCAGCAGCUGCUUAUGGCAUGGCAAAGGCUAUCCAACACUGAAUUUCUCUUACUCUUCACUGUCUUCUUUAAGAAAAGUAUUCUUGUUUGUUAGCCUAGAUUAAUAAUUCUGGACAGUUGAUAAAAUUCUGGGUGUCGUUCUGCUUUCUUUAUCUUUGGGAUCUCUUUUGUUGCUUUGAGCAAGUAAUUCAUCCUCGUCUUGUUCUAGCACACGAAAAUUGGAAAGGUUGAAAAUUCUACCUUUCUUUUGUGCUAAUAUGAGUUGUACGGAGAUUCAUAAAAUGGAGGAAUAUAAGCUUGAUAUAAUGAUUGAAAAAGACUAAUAAAUCUGAAUUUGAGCUAUCAAA